GUGUGUGUAAGAGUGUGUAAGAGCGUGUGAGAGUGUGCGAGAGCGUUAAGUAUAAAGUGUUUGGAGACGCACUGGUUUAUUGUUCCACCACCUCUAACCUUUCACAAGCCAGCAAUUCCAACAGCUCACCAACUUCCAGCAAUUGUUCGAGGGCGUUGAUUCUGUCUGAGGAUGGGAGGGGAAAAAGAGAGAGAGAGAGAGAGAGAGAGAGAGAGAGAGAGAGAGUAAGAGAGAGAGGGAGUGGGUGCAAAGAGGGUGGGGAUAGAGGAAGUUUUUGGUUAGAAUGUUCAGCCUAUUAUAGAAAGAAGUGGGUUAAGAGAGUCAGAAGGAUAGAAGGAGAAAAAGAGAGGGAUAAAGAGACAAAGAGAGAGAGAAAGAAAGGGGGAGAAAGACAAAGGGGUUGAGAGAGAAACAGAGAGAGAGAGAGAGAGCAAGAAAGAUAGGGGAGAAAGACAGACAGAGGGGUAAAGAGACAGAGAGACCAAGAGGCAGAGAGAGAGAGAGAAAUAGAGGGGUAGAGAUACAGAGAGGCCGAGAGGCAGUGAGAGAGAUUGACAGAGAGAGAGAGAGCUAGAAUAGAUAGAUAGAGAAAGAGGGAGAGGGAGGGAGAGAGAGAGAGAGAGAGAGGGAGUGGGCACAGAGAGGGUGUGGAUACGUUAAGUUUUGGUGAGAAUGUUCAGAAAGAAGUGGGUGAAGAGAGAAAGAGAAAGAUAGAGGGAAGGAAAGAGAGGGGAAAGAGACAGAAAGAGAGAGAGAGAGAGAAGGAAAGAUAGCGUGAGAAACAGAAAGAUAGAGAGAGAAGGAAAGAUAGCGUGAGAAACAGAAGUAAGUUUUAAGGUUAGUAGAUUUUGGAGUUUCCAGAAGUAGCCAAAGCUGGACUUGAACCGAGGACCCCUCCACUGCCGGUGUUGGUAUCUACCCUGGGCAGCAGCAGAAUGGUCCUAAAGCUGCUAGUGGCCAUGCUGCUUCACCCAGCACUCUGCCAUGCUGGGCUGAGGGCCAGGGACCCUGAUGUGGAGGAGGAGAUGCAUGUGCUGAGGGACUCGGAGCCAGGCACAUUUGGUACAGCUCAUUUGCCCGUACCUCAUGGGCAUCAGCAUGGGCAUGGGCACCACAGCACAGCUGGACCACUGCAGCAAGCCCAGAGCAUUCCACAGAGUCCACUGACCCCAAUGAGGGGCAGUUCACAACCGCCUGCACGGACUGGGAACUGGUGUGCGGUGGUUCACCGGCGGGUGGUGACGAUGGCAGUGCUGUGUGGAACUGAGACGUACACUCAGAAGACGGUCAACCCAUGUAGUAAAGGUGACCCUGACUGCCAGAUAUACAAGUAUCAGCUCUCAUCACGCCCGGUCUACAGACAGAAGCAGAGGAUUUUCACAGCCCUGCACUGGAAGUGCUGCCCAGGUCAUGGAGGCCACAACUGUGAAGAUACAGAAGAAGAAACUCAGUCCAGUAAGGAGCACACCCAGAACACCCAGAACGACAACCAUUCUGGAGAGGACGACUCAGGUGGUGAAGAGACUGACCUGCUGGAGGAUGGAAGCUGGGAUAAUGGUCCAGUUCAGCCGCCUCCCAGCGUCCCACUGUUUCCUGUUCCAGGGAACGUUGGUUCUGGUGGAACAAUCCCUCCCACUGGUUCUCUGCCGUUCAUGGACUCGGUCACUCUCUUGACGGUCCAUAAAGUCUUUGCAGCUGUGAUGACCCACCUUCAGCCAGUGCUGGACGGCUUUAAUCACACUCUGCAGCAUCUGUCCAGCGAGGUCAAGGAUCUGUCCAUGGAUCUGCAGAAGCUGAAGCAUGAGAAGAAAGAGCAUCUAUUCAACAAUAGACAGACUCACACUGGAACAAUAGAGGAAAAGCUGGAGGACAACAGCCUUCAGAUACGCCAGAUACAGUCCCAACUCCACUUACAGCAAAAACAGGUAGAGGAGACAAUAGAGUUCCAGCAACAGCAGCUACAGCAGAACCUGAUGAGCCUAGAGGACAAUAUUGACCUUCGAAUGAACCGGAGUCAUGAGGGUCUACAGGUGAGUCUGCAGUCUCUACGUCAGUCAGUGGAGGAGAUCAGACGUAGUCAGCAAAAUCUGGAGGAAGUAAUGGAGGCAGAAUAUGCUCCCUCAGCUCGUGUGAGUGAAGGCCCGCCAGCACCGGUGUCUGGCAUGUGGGAGGCCAUCAGUAGAUUGGACCAGAAAGUGCUGAAUAACACUGCACAGCUCAGUGCCUUGUCUGAGAACUCCACGCACUUGAUGAACGCUGCCCAGAAGUUGGACCACUGCCUGCAGAACCUGAGCACGAGACUGGAUGGGGUCAGCCGAAGCUCGGAAAUUCAUUUUGCGGAAACUGGGCUGGAAUUGGAGGCGACUAAAGUGGCUGCGAUCAAAAGCAUCAACGAGUUAGCGGCUAAUCUCAGCAGCCAGGAGAGACAUCUGCGGGAGCUUGAACUUUACUUGGACAGUAUCUAUCAGCAAGUCCAAUCAAGAAAUGACCAAACCACCAACACAGUUGCAGAGGAUUGCAGCUGUCAAGAAAUUCAAGAAUCGUUGAUUUUGUUGGAACUGAAGGUGGCCAAUGUGACCGACCUGGCCAAAGAAAACCAAUACGCCCUGGAAGAUGCAGAGGCCAAGAAGAACCAAGGCCUGUCAAGUCCUUGGGCCAUGCAAGUGGAAGAUCUUCAUCAAGCCUUGUUGAGCGUGAAGGAAUCGUUGGCAUUUGAGCAAGCGAAGAGCAGGACUCUUAAUGAAGACUUAUCCCAAUUGAAAGGCUCGCUCUUGGGAAGCCAAAGGGAGAUACUUGAGCUCAACGAGAGUUUUGGUGUCAAAGCUACUGAGAUUAAACACCUCUCUGCAUCUUUCUCGUCCCUACUCAAGGAUGCGAUACGUCACUCUGAGGUUCUGGAGAUACUUUUAGGAGACGAGGUCAUGGAGUUCUCAAGCUGGUCCAAUAACCAGCAGAAAGAGCUGUCCAUUCCAGUUCUACUGCAGAGAUUAAAGCUCAUGCAAGACCAGAUGGAAACCCAUGAGAUUAGCCUGGAAUCGUUGAGAAUAAAGCAGAAAAGACCUGAAAAAGAUCAUCACCAGAUGACCAGCGAUGACCCGGUGGCAUUCUCAGAUUGGGGCCUCAUUGACAACCAAGGAAGGAACGUUGAAGAUCAUCAUGAAGAUCACUACGUACCGCUGAGUCCCGCCCUCGAAGAAGAUAAUGAUGACGACGGCGGGGACUACUCAGUCAGCGACUUCUGGAGUUUGGGAAGGGAAGUGGAGGAGCUGGCGAACAGGAUCAUUCAGAUAGAACAGAAACCCUGCAACUGCACUGCCGACCCCGGUGGCUCAGUGGAAGAACUGCAGGCGGAGGUCGCCUCCCUACGACAGGAUCUGGGGGAUCAUCUGAGAAUCUUCCAGAAUUUGUUCAGCCACACAGAAGAGCUGGCCAGGGCUUCCCACAGCCUUAACUUGGAACAGCUGUGGACGAUGCUUUCCAGGAAGGACAGGAAGAAAAAGAAAGGGCAGACUGUGAAGGAGAAAGGAGUGGAGUCGAGUGGAAUACGCAAGAAAAGAAGCAUUGGAAAAGGGUCGCCAUUCUCUCAGCUUGCAUUCGUCACAACUUUGCGAGACAGGAUCAAUGAAAAAGACACAAUAUUUGUCUCUGAGAAAGUGUCUCUAAACCAUGGCAAUGCUUACAGACCUUCUAUAGGAGAAUUCCAGGCUCCUCAGGCUGGUUUCUACCUCUUUUUAGUGACCUUGGACUUUGAAACAGGCCCUGGAUUGGCUCAACUAAGACGUGGCACGGUACCCGUGGCCUCCCUCAGACAAGUUAAGGGUACUGAAAGACUGUUGAGCCAAGCAAGUCUCCUGAAGCUUCAGGAAGGUGAUAAAGUUACACUGGAACUGGUGAAAGGAAGACUACGCCAAGGACAGCCUAAUGACAAUACACUGUCUGGGGUUCUGCUGUUUGGAACUGAAGACCUGGACAAGAGAACUGAAUCAGAACCGGUUCUAUAAGAAAAGGCUCUGGCCAGUCAGAGGAAUUAACUGUGGCCAAAACUGCCAAACACACCAAAGACUUUAGUACACAAAAAGACUCCAUAUUGGAUUCUAAACUGAAAAGCUAAGCCAGAUUUGUUGUGCUUGAGUGCCUCCUGUGGCCAUCUGCAGAACUGCAAAAAACAACCCAUACAGAUUUCACCCAGAGACAUACAGGUGCAUCUCAAAGAAUUAAGAUUAUCAUUGAAAAGUUGCUUUAUUUAUAGAUGUAUUACACACAGAGUGAUUUAUUUUAAUCAUUUAUUUCUUUCAUUGUUGAUUAUUAUAAUGGCUUACAGCCAAUGAAAACCCCCAAAAAAAUCAGUGUUUCAGAAAUCUAGACUAUUAUAUAAGAACAAUUGGUACUUUUGGCUUUACUGCUGUGGGCAGUGUGCCAAGUCCUGCUGGAAAAUGAAAUCUGUGUCUUCAUAAAAGUUGUCAGUAGAGGGAAGCAUGAAGUGACUCUGGUCCCUUGAUUUACAAAUGAAAUGUAAAAUUUACUGAUGAUCAGUGACGGUUUGGAGAGACAUGUGAUCUGCUGGUGUUGAUCCACUGUGUUUUAUUAUCAAGCCUAAAAUCAGUGCAGUUUUGUUUUCCCACAAAAUCUUACAGCACUUCAUGCUUCCCUCUGCUACUGACAACUUUUAUGUAGAUGUGGAUUUCAUUUUCCAGCAGGACUUGGCACACUGCCGACACUGCCAAAAGUACCAAUUGAUCUUAUAUAAUAUUCAAAUUUUCUGAGACACUAACUUUUGGUUUUCCAUUGGCUGUAAGCCAAAAUCAUUAACAAUAAAAUAAAUAAGUGUUUAAAAUAGAUCACUCUGUGUGUAAUACAUCUAUAUAAUAUAUGAGUUUCACAUUUUGAACUGAAUUACUGAAAUUACGUAACUGUCAAAUAAUAUAACAUAUAAAAUUGAGAUGCACCUGUAUGUAAUGGACAUAUAGUACCUUGUGCUGUACAAAGAAGAGUCAUAAUAAAAUGAACAAGGAAGCGCAUUACAUUAUUUUUUUAUUUUUUUACAGAUUUCAUAACUUUUUGAAGCAAAGAUACGUCUGGAAAAGGAAGUACAUUUCUGAAAAAUCACCAAAUAGAUGCUCCUAGAAGGAAGUGCUGGAAGUGUGUUUUAUCUAUUUGGAAGUAAGAUAAAAAAAAUCACUAGGAACAAUAAAUGAUUAAAUAUUUAGAUUGAUAUGGGGAAUAUUUAUUGAGCUAGACAUAUAGAAGUAGUCUGUAACAUAUUUGUGUAACAUAACAUGCCAGGCGUCUCGUCAUGGAGUUGUAGAGGUUCCUAAUGGUGAUAGUGGUGAUAGGGAUUAUUUAUCCAUCUCAUGCAGCUCCAAUACUUCUGCAGAUUUUUUGGUUCUGAUGCAUCAGCUCACAGACGCAGCCUUGUGUUGAUCCACAUCACCCUAGGAGUGAUGAGGGGAAAAAGCGCCAUCUACUGUACCCACCCAGAGAGAGCAAGACCAAUUGGUCAGAGCUCUCUCAGGGCUCUGGCAGCUGAUGGCAAGCUGCAUGACCGGGAUUCGAACCAGCAAUUUUCUGAUCAUAGUGGCAGCAGUUUAAACUAAAUUAAAUUUUGUAAUAGUUCAAAUGUAAAAAGAACCUUUUUAAAUAAAUGUUAACAAAACAAAAAAUCAUUCUGGUGGUGCCACAAUCAACAACAAUAGAAGACCAUUCACAAAAAAAGUGAGAGAAACACACAUAUUGCGUACUAAAAUAAUGUAAUUUACUUAAAAAUUGAUACAAUGGACAAAUUCUGUGUACAGAACAGCUUUUCUUGGUAAACAUAAGGCACCUUUUUUAAACCAAGAUGCUGUACAAAAUAUAAAACAAAAAAAAGUUAAUAUUUUUAGACUUUUCUACACAAGUUUUGAACAACUUCUGAACAUUGGACAAAAAACGACAAACAAGAAACAGAAUCUGUAGUCAUUCAAUUACACAGAGAAGCAUCUUUUGGCUACGAGACAGUUUCAUUAACAUUAAUGUUAACAUUUACUGGCAUUGGUUGCAAUGGACAGACCUCAUAUUGCAUGACGGCAUUACAGCUGGGCAAAAAAUGUGCUAAAAGUAUUAUAUCGUGAUAUUUAACCCCUAGAUUCUAGGCUAAUUUAAAUUGUAAAUGUUGAAUUUGGUGACCUAUUUAGUAAAGCAUGUCUUGCGGAGUUCCACAGGUAUAUAUAUUGAUACCAAGCAUAUAUUUGAAUAAGAAAUUAAAAAUGUGUCAUAUUAUGGGGACAUUUUAAGGUUAAAAUCAUGAUGUAAAAUCUUAUUUUAAAACUUAUAUUUUGUUCAAGAAAUCAGGUCAGAACUAUUUAGAGGUGCAUCUCAAAAACGUAUCAUUGAAUAUCAUUGAAAAGUUACUUUAUUUUAGUAAUUCAGUUCAAAAUGUGAAACUUAUAUAUUAUAUAGAUGUAUUACACACAAAGUGAUCUAUUUUAAGUGUUUUUCUCUUUUAUUGUUGAAUCAGUAUCUCAGAAAAUUAUAUAAUAAUAUUACAUAAGACCAAAUGGUACUUUUGGCAGUGUGGGCAGUGUGCCAAGUCCUGCUGGAAAAUGAAAUCCGCAUUUCUAUAAAAGUUGUCAGCAGAGAGAAAUUCUAUAUCAAUUAUAUUCUACUUGUUUGAGAUGCACCUGUAUAUAGAAUUUAAACCAUUUAAUUAAAAGCAUUUGAAUUGUUAAUUUAAACAGUUGGAACAGAUCUGUAGAAGCUAAAAUACACUUUAAAAGGGUUAACACAGAUAGAUUCACAUACUGUCCUGUAGUGAAGAUGCUCUCAGGAUGUUUAGCGAGAUAUAGAUAUAUGUCACUUAGGAACUUAGUUAAUGAGUUAAAAGAAUUAAUGAGUUAAAAGAAAGGACAAAGUGUUAUAAGGAAUUUUUACACAGCUUUUAAAGGUUUAAGUUAACUAUGACAGCAUUGUCAUUAUGGGACAUGUGGGCUUAAAUACAGGUUUUUAGGGGUUAAAGUUUUUUUUUUAUGGUGGAUGAUAUUAUAACAAUUAAUGCAGGACAACAUAUCGCUAUAUAAUCGCUAUAUAUAUCGCGAUAUAACAUCACAUCGAUCAUAUCUUAUGGUAUC